AUGGGUGUCUUUCGCCCGCCGAUCAUCCGCAAUGCGUCGGUGCUGAACCGGGCAUUAUUUUCAAAGAGGUACGACAUCGCAGCGGCGAGAGUCUACGAUAUCAAGAAGGUUUCCGAAUACCGCAAAUCUCUGGAGAAGAGUGGUGAUCUCCUACGACAGGAGCGGGUGUCAUCCAUCGUCGAUGACCCUGCCAAGGACGACCCGGCUGCGAAGGGACGCAAAUGUCUGCUACUCAGGCCUGGCAUCUCAGCCACUGCGCCUACAAGUUGGGGCGAGGUAAUCCGGCAGGGUGCCGAGAAGAAUGAGCUUAGUCUUCUCCCGUACACACUGGAGCUUGACUACGACUACUGGACCGCCCGGGAUGUACUGCAGUCUCUCUUGCCAGAAGAGUUUCACGACGAUAUACAAUCAAGCUUCAACACUGCUGGUCAUGUUGCACAUUUGAACCUGCGGAGUCAUUUUCUGCCCUACAAGCAUGUCCUUGCGCAAGUUCUUGUAGACAAGAACCCUGCCAUCAAGACUGUCAUCAACAAAAUUGACAAUGUAGGCACCGAGUCAGAAUUUCGCACCUUUGCCUACGAGGUACUAGCCGGUCCCGACGACUUGAAUGUGGAAGUCAGGGAGCACAAUUGUACCUUCAAGUUUGACUACUCCAAGGUUUAUUGGAACAGCAAGCUCGAAGGAGAGCACACGAGGAUCGUCAAAUCCUUCCAGCCCGGGGAGGUCGUGUGUGACGCCAUGGCAGGAAUCGGCCCAUUUGCGGUCCCCGCUGGUAAGAAGGGCGUCUUUGUCUGGGCAAACGACAUGAACCCGGAGAGCUUUCACUAUCUCCAGGAUUCCAUCACCCGCAACAAGGUACGUGGCCCAGAUCUAAAACAAUGGCUGCUCACCGAUGGCGGGACUAAUUUGGGGUGCAAGGUUCAACAAUAUGUACGCCCGUUCAAUGAUGAUGGACGCACGUUUAUCAGAAAAGCAGCAGAUUCAGUCCUGGCUGCUUCGAGGAAAGGCGAGCGUGCAGUCAUCCAGCAGAAGCCGAAGAAGGGAUCGCGCAGCAAGCCGCAAGCGAACCCGCCACCCCUGGAGAUACCCGUCCCCCCUACUAUCUCUCACUUUGUGAUGAAUCUGCCGGCAUCGGCUAUCACAUUCCUGCCCUCCUACAAGGGCCUCUAUGCCGGUGAGGAGGCUCUGUUCACUCCACACACGAGUACAAAGCUGCCCCUCGUGCACGUACACUGCUUCGCGGUGAAAAGCGACGACGACACUCCGAAGCUGGAUAUUUGUGAAAGGAUCACAGAGCAGCUGGGCAUCGAGAUGCGCCUUGGGGAUGCAGAAAAGGACAAAGAAGUAUUUGUCCACCAUGUGAGGAACGUUGCACCAGCCAAGUCGAUGUUCUGCGCCACAUUCAGGAUACCUCCCGAGGUGGCCUUCGCGCCGAGGGAACAGCUCUAG